AUGCCAAUUAAGUUCAUCAUGUCCACCGCAACUCCACUACUCAAACCGCGCCACGUGGCCGUAAUCGGUGCCGGCGCCGGAGGUCUAGUUGCGGCGCGCGAGCUUCGACGAGAAGGACACCAGGUAGUAGUUUUCGAGCGAGGAGACCAACUGGGUGGGUCAUGGGUUUACACAGCGGAGGUUGAAUCGGACCCAAUUGGUUUGGACCCGAAGCGGAGGAUAGUUCACUCGAGCCUUUACAAUUCGCUCCGAACCAAUCUGCCUCGAGAAAGCAUGGGUUUCCGAGAUUACCCUUUUAGAAGAAAAGAAGGGAAAGAGAGGGAUUCUAGAAGGUUCCCGAAUCACAGAGAAGUUUUAAAGUACUUACAGGAUUUUGCUGUUGAUUUUGAGAUUAAUGAUUCGGUGAGACUUCAGACGGAAGUGGUGUUCGCUGGGGUGGAUGAAGAUGGAAAAUGGACGGUCAGAUCUAGAUCAACUGAUAGUGACUGUGUGGAUGAGAUUUACGAUGCUGUAGUUGUUUGCAAUGGACAUUACUUUCAACCUCGACUUCCUCAUAUUCCUGGCAUUAGUUCAUGGCCAGGGAAGCAAAUGCAUAGCCAUAAUUACAGAACACCAGAGCCUUUUCAAGAUCAAGUUGUAGUUUUGAUAGGCGGUGCAGCUAGUGCAGUCGACAUCUCUCGGGACGUGGCAACUGUUGCUAAAGAAGUUCAUGUUGCAGCUAGAUCGGUUGAAGAAGAUAAGCUUGGAAAGUUACCUGGCCAUGAUAAUAUAUGGCUUCAUUCUAUGAUUGACAGCGUUCAUGAAGAUGGUACAGUUGUUUUCUUAGAUGGAAAUGCAGUUAUUGCCGACUUCAUUGUACAUUGCACUGGGUACAAGUAUGAAUUUCCUUUCCUUGAAACAAACGGUGUAGUGACCGUAGAUGACAACCGUGUAGGACCACUCUACAAGCAUGUUUUUCCACCGGUGUUGGCUCCAUGGCUUUCAUUCGUUGGUUUGCCUUGGAAGGUUGCUCCCUUCCCCUUGUUUGAACUGCAGAGCAAGUGGAUAGCUGGAGUUUUAUCGAAUCGCAUUACUCUUCCUUCAGAAGAGGAGAUGGUGAAAGAUAUUGAAGAUUUCUACAUGUCACUCGAAGCAUCUGGUACUCCUAAGAGUCACACUCAUAAUAUGGGCAAGAACUUUGCUCAGUGGGACUACAAUAACUGGAUUGCUGAUCAGUGUGGUGUUCCUGCUAUGGAAGAAUGGAGAAAGCAAAUGUAUAUCGCUACAUCUAAGAAUAGGCUCAUGCGACCUGAGACUUAUCGUGACGAGUGGGACGAUGAUGACUUGGUUCUACAAGCUGAACAUGAAUUUGCUAAUUAUGUGAUCUAA